UACCCAAACAACUGCGAAUUCAGCUAGCUAAAGCUUUCAACAAACAGAAAUAAAUUGGUUUUAUCACUACUUUGACAAACCAAAUCCACUUCGGAAACCACCCAUCCAGUCGGUGAACAUUCGGUCUAAUGUUUUUUUUACUAAACGCCGAUGAAAAGAAAUAACGGGCUAAAAUACGCUUUCGUGCUAACUAGCUAGCUACCGUUAGCUGUGAUGGCAGCAUCCACUCCUCCACUGAUCUCUGCUCCUGUGCCAAGUCAAAAGAAACGCAGAGCUGCUCAGAGGAAAGAGAGAAGAAAACGGAAACGCCAAGCUCUCGCCCAAACCAGAGAAUGUGGUUUAAAAAAUGGAGCAGGCGAUACACAUGGAGAAGAAGAAGAAAUAAAUGAUGAAGAUGAUGAAGACAACGAUAUUGCUAAGGAGGAAAGAUUGCGCCAACAUGAAGAGUGGUUGGAAAGAGAGAGGCUUGCUCAGGAGGAAUUCAGGCUGAGGUCUGAGAGGGAGGAAGCUGCACGGAAAAGAAAAGAAGAAGAGGAGCGGAUGAUUAAGGAGGAAUGGGAGGCCCAGCAGAGGAAAGAACAAGAAGAAAAAGAGCAGAAGCAGCAGGAGAAACGAGACAGAGAGGAGGCUGUUCAGAAAAUGUUGGAUGAAGCUGAAAAACAGCUUGAUAAUGGAGGACCGUGGAUGAAUCCUGAGGCUCCAGUGACAGAAAAAUCAGAGAACUUUGGGACAGAGUGCGACGUAGCCAACUGUCCCUUUUUCCUCAAGACUGGAGCGUGUCGAUUUGGAGACAGAUGUUCUCGGAAGCACAUUUAUCCCACAACAAGCCCGACCCUGAUGAUCCGUGGUAUGUUUACGACGUUUGGCUUGGAGGAGUCACGGCGUGAUGAUUACGACAUAGAUGCCUGUUUGGAGCACAGCGAGGAUGACCUACAGGAGUCUUUCCUCGAGUUCUACCAUGAUGCCUUGCCAGAGUUCAAGAGUGUCGGCAAAGUCGUUCAGUUCAAGGUCAGCUGCAAUUAUGAACCACACCUGAGAGGAAAUGUUUACAUUCAGUUUGAUACAGAGGAGCAGUGUAAGGAGGCCUUCAUCAAGUUCAAUGGGAGGUGGUAUGCAAGCCGGCAGCUUCAUUGUGAGAUAUGUCCUGUUACACGGUGGAAGAAUGCCAUAUGUGGAUUGUUUGACAGACAGAAAUGCCCCAAAGGGAAGCACUGUAACUUCCUGCAUGUAUUUCGAAACCCUGGCAAUGAAUUCUGGGAAGCUGACAGGGACCUGCACAUGUCACCAGACCGCAGCGUCAGGGGGAGUCGCAGAGACGGGUGGUAUUCAGAGCGAUACAGAGACAGAUCGUGGAGGCAGCGUCACUGCAGCAGAAGCCCACUAAGGUCAGAGAGAUCCCUCAGCAGAAGAGAGGACAACAGGCGGAGGAGCAGGAGUCGAGAGAGGAGGGUCUCCCACCAGGAUAAAGGGGACAAAUGGUCGUCCAGGUCCAGACACAGUGACAGGAGGAAAGAUAGGUAUCAGAGCAGAAGUAGAGACAGGUCAAGGAGUAGAAGUAGAGACAGAGAGCAAGACAGGCUUAGAAACAGGAGUAGAGAUGAAGACAGGGAGCACAAGUAUAGGAAUAUAAGUGAAGAGAGAGACAAUAGAGACAAAGAUGAAGACACCCACAGAGAAGCAAGAGAAAGGUCAAGAAGCACAAGCACAGAGAGGAAAAGAGACGGAGACAGUAGAGAAAAGAGCCCCAAGAAACCAGACCGACGUAAGAAAACACCAAAUGAUGAUACCAACACACACCGCCGCCACAAACACUCCAAAAAGAGCAAGAAAAAGAGCAAGAAGAAGCAUAAGAAGAAAAGCCAUUUGCCCGAAGGGACGACUUCAUCAGGAGAGUCAGAAAAGGAGAAAGAGUCAGAGACAGAGAACCAUUCUGUAACCAGUCCCAGCGAAGAGAGAAAUGAAACAGAGUUGGUUCCCAAAAUCAGUAACAUACAUAAGAGUGCUGACAUAGAGAACAAGUUUAGUCCUGAAAGUAAAAGUGAACAGUCUAACAAUGAAAUAUCAAUGAGUCUGCUGGAAACAGUGACAUGAUUACAUCUUAGUGGCUUCUUUAUUUUGAUCAUUUUAGUCUGUUUUUCCUCCUGUGAACUCCUCCUGCAGCACCUAUCACCAGUAUGUACAGAUGUGAAUAUUUUGCUUUGUAAAAAUGGUGUUUUGAACUGGACCUGUGGCACUGAGUAAAAACAUUAUAAAACAAAAGAUCAACACAUGGCUUUUCUUUUUGAAUACAUUUAUUGUUAAUAACUUUCAAAUAUAAGAAAAAAAAUGUUGGCAAAUGUGUUGGCAGUGUUUAAUACAAAAGUAAGUGAUUUCUUUUGCACAAAUCAAAGAUGAACUUUAAUAUUUGCUGAUCGAUGUUCAACAAAAACACCUUGUGGUUUAAAGAGUGCAGAUAAAAAAAAUUAGACUGCCAUACAAUUUGGAAUGAGCAUCUGUUCGUAGCUUGUUGACUUGUUUACUUGCAUCUUACUGACAAGUGAACAAGCUGACGUGAUGAAUGUUAAUGAUGUACCCUGAUAUGUGCAGUUCAUCUUCCUAUGUUCCUACUCCAUAAAGAAACUCAGGAUACACCUGUCUUUACAUGGAUUGGAAUAAUUACAUAAUACUGAUAUAUUGUGGCCAAAUAACCCCCACAUACAUUUUUUUCCUCAAACUUCCUUCCAUCCCAAAUCCCUUUUCUGCCAUGUUAGCCUUCCAUAGACACCAUUGAGAAGGUAAAACACAGUGUUCUUUGGUCGUAGGUUAAUCUUUAAGUGUAAGCCAAAGUAUCAUAAUACAUGAAGUAGUAUUUCUUUUAUUUGGGUCACUGUCCUAUCCUUGCCUAAGACUAAGGGAGAGACUGACCUAAGAUUUAUCCUCAGAGGCCAUGACAAACUUGAAUGAUAAACAAACACCUUGAGCAGAAAAAUAAAUCAGUUGUCAGAAAAAUGAAGA